AUGCUGCGCUGCGGACCUUCUGCACUGCUGGUGCUGUCGCUGUCCCCGCUGCUGGUGCUGCUGCUGGGGGCAUCCUCCGCUGCGCCCUUGGAGCCGAGACCCUCCAAGGAGGAGCUGACCCGCUGUCUGGCAGAGGUGGUCAGAGAAGUGCUGACGCUGGGUCAGGCCCAACGAGGCCCCUGCACGGCUCUCCUUCAGAAAGAGAUGUGUGAGACAGAACCCUAUAGCUGUGUAUCCGCUGAGGAGAAAGGCUUGCUGCUUGGAGAUUUCAAGAAGCGGGAGGCUGGGAGGAUGAGGUCCAGCCAGGAGGUGAGGGAUGAGGACGAGGAGGAGGCAGCAGAGAAGAUCCACAAGUCCGAAGUGCGGGAACAGGCAGUCCGUGAGCAGCUCCACAGCAGGCUCCACCAGGAGGAGGACCAUGAGGAGGAAGACGAGGGGGAAAAGAAGAGAGGGUCCAUGGAGACCUUCGAGAGCCUGUGGAAGCAGCAGCUAGGGGAUGGAGGGGGCCCCCAGAAGCGGGUGGCAGAGCAGGCCAGUGACGAGGAGACGGCCCAAUUCGAAGCCGAGGAGAAGGGCAUGCAGGUGCUGGGCGGGGGCCACAGCCUGUGGAAGGGGGCAGAGGGCAGGGGAAGAGAGAGGUACAAGGCCUUGCUGCACCACCACCAUCACCAGCCAGAAACUGAGCCCAAACAGGAGGAGAAGGAAGAGGCUUCGGAGAGGGAGGAGCAGGAUGUGGAGCAGCUGGAGCACGUGAGAGAGGAGCUGAAGAAGGCUGCGGAGGUGCUGGGGCAGGAGCUCAGGAGGGAGGGCUGACUCCUGACCUCAUGUCCUCCUUCUUCCUGACACACCCAUCGCUUAGGACUGUUGACCCCCAAAGCCCCCGCCUCACCUGGUGCCCCACUCCACUCCUCAGCCUGUAGGAGUUGGGGGAAGGCCUUGGA